GCCGUAAAAUACAAUUGUCAAAAACCAAAACUAAAAGCAUUUCCCUCCACUUAAUCAUAUUUGAUUUGAUUUGUUUUGAAAUAAGAAACCAAAACUUCUCCAUUCAUCAUCAUAUAUAUAUGGAGAAGAAGGGGUCGAAUUAUGAGGCGAUUAUGGCGAGAAGUUUUAGCAGGCAAGAGAGGAGCAAAAUGGGAUGGUGGGCUUGCCUUGCCUUCUUCCUCCUUGCUUUUGCCUUUUGCUUUUUCUUCAAGCCGCCGCCGCCGCCCUACACCACUACCAAUCUUGCUUCCUAUCCCGUUUCUGCUCCAGUUGAAGUACGAAAGACGGAUUUUCUAAAUGUGCAAGCCACUAAGCAUUUUGAAACCAACAUUCCACCACAACCAUAUUCCAGUAAAGCAGAAGACGCAAGACCAAUAUGCAAAACACAUCCAAGAUCGGACAUUUUCCAUGCAAAGGGUGACAUAAGAGUACUAUCCACGAGCAACUCCUCAUCAUUAUCACCUACCAUUGAUGUUGUUUCAAACGUUAGUAUGUCUUGGAACAUAAAACCAUACGCUAGAAAACUCGAUCCCUUCGCUAUGAGAAAUGUUCGAAACAUAACCAUUAAUCGAGUUAGCCUGUCCUCUCACCAUCAUCAGCUCCGAAAUUGUACGAGAAAGUAUAACAUUCCGGCCGUUGUUUUCUCUCUCGCCGGAUACACCGGAAACCUAUUCCAUGACUUGUCCGAUGUGAUACUCCCUUUGUUCCUAACCACACACGAAUUUCAUAGAGAAGUGCACUUUCUAGUCGUUGACUAUCGGCAAUGGUGGGUAAAUAAGUACAAGAACGUGUUACAAGGGUUGACCAAGUAUGACAUCAUCAACCUCGAUAACAUCGGAAAAGACGACGUCAUAUGUUUCCCAAGAAUCACCGUUGGUUUAAAAGCCAACAAAGAGUUCAGUAUUGAUGACGACAUUGUUUCAGGCGAUGUCCUUCCUCUCUCCAUGAAGAACUUCACGAAUUUCUUGAGAAGUGUGUAUCACCUGAAACGUGACGUGACAAUCAAAACUAAGCAACCACGACUCCUCAUCAUAUCGAGAAGCAAAACGAGGCGUUUUUUGAACAUCGACGAGAUUGCGACAAUGGCAUUAGGGUUAGGGUUUGAAGUGGUUGCACAAGAGACCGGAGUAGACAUGAAUCGGGUCUCGAGAUUCGUGAACAAAUUCGAUGCGGUGGUCGGUGUGCACGGGGCGGGACUAUCCAACAUGGUGUUCUUGCCGGAGAAUGCAGUUGUGGUACAAGUUGUAGGGUUGGGAAUGGAUGGGAUAGCCAAGACGGACUAUGAGCUUCCUUCAUUGGAUAUGGGUUUGAGGUACUUGGAGUACAAAAUAGGUGUGAAUGAGAGCUCUCUAAUUGACAAAUACCCAAUGGGGCAUGAUGUGUUUACGAACCGUAGUGCGAUCAGCAGUAAAGGGUGGGAUGCUUUUAGAGAAGUUUACCUGGACAAUCAAGAUGUAAAACUUGAUGUUGAUAGGUUUAGAGGGACCCUCUUAAAAGUACAAGAGCUCUUGCAUACAUAAAUCUAUUGUUGUUGAUUGUUUUAAAAUCGAUCACCAUUUGUAAUAGUGGGCGUAAUGUAAUUUUUUAUUUGCCU